CCAUACAGAAAGAAAAUGCUCAAUUAUUUGCUCAAUCUUACCUGUUAAAUUUAAUUGUCAUUAUUACAAUUCCCUACUUCAAUUAAAACCAUCCCAAAUCCAAUUGUCCAAAUUCCCCUUUUUCAUUUUCCUCUUUAUUCAUCAAUUUCUGCUCCAAAGAACAGUACCCCUCCUUUUACCAUCUGUUACCCUUUUUGCAUUUUCAUCAUGCAAAAAAGCUGCUUCACACAAAAAAAUGUAGAAAUCAUGACAUCUUGAUUGAUCAUCCCAAAACCCCAUCUUAUAUUUUCUGCAUCAUUGUUCAUGCUUUUAGCUGCCCACUGUUCUAAAUAACUGAUUUUUGGUUGAAAAUCACAUUUUUUUUAUGUGGGUAUUUGUGGGUUUGAGCUAAAAUUAGAGUUUAGUGAAGAAAAUUGUGGUUUAGGGUUGAAGGUAUGAAUUCCAAUCAAAAGAAGGUUGUUGUUUUAGUUGCUGUGAAAGCUACCAAAGAAAUUCCAAAAAAUGCAAUGGAGUGGGCACUUGCUCAUGUUGUUCAACCUGGGAAUUGCAUUAAGCUUUUGGUUGUCACUUCUCCUCAAACUUUUGGAAAGAAGCUGUGGGGGCUACAAAGGUUUACCACUGAUUGUACGAGUGGAGCUUGGAGAUCUCGCACAGGGACCCUUUUGGACCAAGAGGAAGACAUAACCGACUCUUGCUCACAAUUAAUGCAUCAAUUGUGUAAAGAUCAGAAAUCAUGCAAGAUAAAUGUGAAGAUAAAAGUCCUGUCUGCUUCUGCUGAAGGAGUUGUGGCGGCUGAAGCCAAAAAAGAUCAAACAAAGUGGGUGAUACUGGAUAAAAGGCUGAAGGAUGAGGCAAAACACUGUAUGGAACAACUUCAGUGCAAUGUUAUCAUGAUGAAAGGAUCUCAUCCCAAGGUUCUUAGAUUGAAUUUAACUGGAUCUGGUGAUGUGGAAACUGAAGUAAUACACUCACUGCCCAUAUCUGAAGCAUCACAUUCAAAUGAUGCAUAUGAUUUUCCGGAUUCAAUUCGGGUGCCAAACGUGACUCCCAUCAGUACUCCAGAGCACGAUACAUCAUACACUGCAACUGAUGUAGGAACAUCAUCUAUAUCAAGCUCAGAUGCCGCUUCAUCAUAUUUUCUCUCAGGGACAAUUGAAGACCAAAAGAGAGCACUUUUGUCUGUUGCUAGUGAAAUUGAUAAAUUAGAGGAUUCUGAUACAAGUGACACAGAUAAUGAAUCAAUGAGCUCAACAAGUUGUUGCCAGCCAUGGAUGCUGAACAGUCCCAUAAUUGGUAAAUCUGACAUAGAUGGUUCACUCAGAACUACAGAUCAAAUUCUGGCACGUGCAUCAAUAAAUCUACUGAAGAGAUUCUCAGUUGCAGAAAUGCAAAGUCCUACGCAGAAACUUAACUCGAACUCAACAAGUGUCCGGGAAGCUAUCUCGUUGUCUAAAAAGUCACCAUCUGAUCCGCCACCACUAUGCUCAAAAUGUCAGCAUAGAACACCAAUAUUUGGGAAACCUCCACACUCAUUCAAAUACACGGAGCUCGAAAUGGCAACCAAUGGAUUUUCAGUCAACAAUUUCUUAGCAGAAGGUGGGUAUGGUUCUGUUUAUCGUGGGGUACUACAAGAUGGACAGAUCAUUGCUGUGAAGCAAUAUAAACUGGCUAGCUCUCAGGGAGAUAAGGAGUUCUGCUCUGAAGUGGAGGUUUUAAGUUGUGCCCAACACCGCAAUGUUGUAACACUAAUUGGAUUUUGUGUGGAGGGCGGAAGAAGGUUGUUGGUUUAUGAAUUUAUAUGCAAUAAUUCUUUGGAUUAUCAUCUUUAUGGUCGUAGCAGCAAUAUAUUAGAAUGGCCUGCAAGGCAAAAGAUUGCUCUUGGAGCUGCUCGUGGACUGAGAUACCUUCAUGAAGAAUGUCGAGUUGGCUGUAUUGUUCAUCGCGAUAUGCGACCAAACAAUAUCCUGUUAACCCAUGAUUUUGAACCAUUGGUUGGGGACUUUGGAUUGGCAAGGUGCCAGCCUGAUGGAGGUGUAGGUGAGGAAACUAGAGUUAUUGGAACAUUUGGGUAUUUGGCUCCUGAAUAUGCUCAAAGUGGUCAGAUCACAGAAAAGGCUGAUGUCUAUUCAUUUGGUAUAGUGUUAUUAGAACUUAUCACGGGACGGAAAGCUGUGGAUAUAAAUCGUCCCAGAGGAGAGCAAUGCCUCACUGAAUGGGCACGACGUGUAGUUAAAGAAGAGAAUAUCAGAAAGUUGAUUGAUCCAUGCUUGGGAAAUAGCUAUGUGAAAGAGGAUCUUUGCAAUAUGCUACAUUGUGCCUCGUUGUGCAUCAAAAAGGAUCCUGAUUCAAGGCCUCGUAUGUCUCAGGUUCUGCGGAUGUUGGAGAGUGGCAACUCGAACUCAUUCGGUUAAUUUCAAAGUUCUGGAUCCUGAACAAUACAGCAGCAGUAAAACUCCUCCUUAACAGAGUAAAUACCUUGUUCAGUUCAGAAUUCACUCUGGAAAUGCACUGAAAAAGGAGAAGAGUUGCUCAACUUCAGCUCAAUCUCCUUGCAGAGCAACAUAUCCAGAGGGUGGAGGUCCAUGCCAGAGUAGUGUAGUGAAUUAGUGAUACCUAAUCUUAUUUACCACUUCAAAAUUUUGUAAACUUGUAGAGCCCAUAAAUGAUGAAGUAUAUUGUAUAAGGUCAUCAGUUGCAGUUAAAUUGAAGGUGUACAGAUUUAAUAAAUCAAUCCAUGCUCUUAUAUUAUUUCAUUA